AAAAAAAAACAAAAAAAAACAAAAAAAAAACAAAAAACAAAAGAAGCAGAUCCAUCAAAGAGAAAGGGGGAAAAAUAAAACAAAAUAAGAAAGAGGGGUAAGAAUGAAAGAGAUAAUGAGUUCAAAGACAUUGUUCUCUUCCAUUCUCUAUUUCUUCCUUAUAUCCACAUUGGCCACUGCCUCCCCAUUCCUUUCAAAUGAUAUAUUUGAGUCUGGGGCAUCCACCUCCCGUUCCCUGCUACAGGCUAAGAAAGCUUGUGGAGUUGACUUUGAGAAUCAGAACUACACAAUCCUAACAAGCCAAUGCAAGGGACCACAAUACCCACAAAAGGUUUGCUGUGAAGCAUUCAAGCAAUUUGCAUGCCCUUUCAUCAAUGAAAUCAAUGAUAUGGCAACUGAUUGUGCCACAGUCAUGUUCAGUUACAUAAACAUCUAUGGAAAGUACCCUCCUGGCCUCUUUGCUAAUGAGUGCAAAGAAGGCAAUGAAGGCCUUGAUUGCACCAAUGUCAAAACAACAUCCAAUAACAGUUCCUCUGUUUCUAACUCUGCUCAUCUUGCUGCUCCUUAUGACUCUAUGUUGUUAUUGGCCGUACUUGGUUUCAUUGGUCUUUUGUUCCAACUUUUCUGAAGGCUCUCUCUUAUGUCAAUUGGGUCAAGUUUUGUAUAACUAUUAUAGCAAUCACUAUUUUGAGCUCAUAAUUUUCGGAACAAGAUUGCUUUAUCAUUCUGUAACGUUCGUGAUACUCUAUUUUAAAAUAUGUAAAGACGCGUGCUGCAGAUGUGAUAGGUCAAUGACUUGACAAUUAUUUAUGAUAAAUUAUUGUGGCAUUGUUUGAUCCGUGUAACUAAUGUUAUGCAGUGAGACAAAGUGUUUUAGGUUAUAUACAAAGAUGUAUUAUACAUUGUACCAAGAUUAUGCAAAUGAUUUUGUUUCGUUGGCAAAAUUUUUCA